AAAACCAAGAUGGCGGACUAAGCGACGUGGCUUUCCGGAGAAGUUUCACAUUUACGAUCUUAUAGAUUCAAAAAUAGCAUCAAAUACCUCAACUAUUCGCCUUUUCCUAAGCCCAGGAAACGGACUUUGAGUGUGGAGCGAUGGCGUGUUAUCUGAAGUGAAGAUUGAAGACGUGAUAGAAGAUGGACGACUACUGCUAUGCUAAGAUGGCGACGUCCGCUAAAAGAGAACAUGAAAGAGAAUCAGCGCCACCAACGGAGAACAAUCUGAAAAGCGAAGAUGAAGACGUCCAGCAGCUGAUCGGGAAUCCAGAAGAAGUUUCCCCUCAGGUAGGGGGGAGCUCUACUUUGAAGCAGGAGACUCCACAACCACCCUGCAUUAAAAAGGAAGAGGAGGAACUCUGCAUCACUCAGGAGGGAGAGUGUCUUCUAGGACGAGAGGAAGCUGAUUACACCAAGUUUCCACUGAGUAUUCUCUCUGUGAAGACUGAAGAUGAUGAAGAGAAACCACAAGUAGACAACCUCUUAGCUCCACUAUCAGAUAGUGAAGCUGAAGACGAGGUUGAAGAACCUUUGAGCAGCGAUACAGACUGUGAAGGUGAUAUGAGGACUCACACUGACAACAAACACUCUGAAUGCUCUUCAAAGAAGAGAGGUAAAAAAUGUUUGAGCUGCUCAGUUUGUGCUAAAAGCUUUUCUGUUCAGGGCAUGUUGACUCGACACAUGAGAACACACAAAAGGGAAAAACCAUUUAAUUUUUCAGUUUGUAGCAAAAGCUUUUCUCGAAAUUACCGUUUGACUCGACACAUGAGAACACACACAGGUGAAAAAACAAUUAAUUGUUCAGUUUGUGGCAAAACCUUUCCUCAAAAUUGCCGUUUGAUUCAACACAUGAGAACACACACAGGUGAAAAACCAUUUAACUGUUCAGUUUGUGGAAACAACUAUUCUUUAAAGAGCCGUUUGACUCAACACAUGAGAAUACACACAGGUGAAAAACCAUUUAACUGUUCAGUUUGUGGAAACAACUAUUCUUUAAAGAGCCGUUUGACUCAACACAUGAGAACACACACAGGUGAAAAACCAUUUAGUUGUUCAGUUUGUGGCAAAAGCUUUUCUGUUAAGAGCCUUGUGACUAAACACAUGAGAACACACACAGGAGAAAAACCAUUUAAUUGUUCAGUUUGUUGUAAAAGCUUUUCUGUUCAGAGUAAUUUGACUGAACACAUGAGAACACACACAGGUGAAAAAAUAUUUAAUUGUUCAGUUUGUGGCAAAAGCUUUUCUGUUAAGAGAUAUUUGACUCGACACAUGGGAACACACACUGGACUAAGAUCAUUUGAUUGUUCAGUUUGUGGUAAAAGCUUUCCUAAUAACAGCUCUUUUUGGCGACACGUGAGAACACACGCUGGAGAAAAAACAUUUAGUUGUUCAGUGUGCUGUAAAAGGUUCCCACAUAAUGCAGACGCAGUAAAACACAUGAGAACACACAAGGGAAAAUAACCAAUCAGCUGUUUAGUUUGUGGUAUGUUGCUCAUAUGUGGUGACAUCCACCCUACCCAGGACCUCCUCACUGCUUCUUUCACAAAUAUCUGAGGUAUUCAUACAAACUUGGAUUAUUUGAAGCAUUAUCUUUUCUACUCAUGACCCCAUGUCUUCUCUGUAUCUGAAACCUUCCUGAACAGUAAGAUAGAUGAUGCUUCAAGUGCUUGGUUACUCCUUCUUCAGUCCAGGGACCUGGGGCCUCAUGUGUCAAGUUAGCGCACGCUCAAAAACCUGCACUACACCCUUUUUGUUGAGAUGUUUAAAAACUGACGUUGUGAUGCUGGGUAACUGUUUGCAUAAAAAAGUGCCAACUUUUACUCCUCAGACUGAUUGAUGUGCAAAUCAGAGACAUAUGAACAAUUAACCCCCAGCACCCACAACCCAACCCCCACCUCCCUCGACAUAACAGGUUCAAUCCGGCCCGCGAGAUGAGUUUGCGAAGUGUAAAAUGCAGCUGCAUUUUUUUAAAGAAAGAAACUGCUGUUCUAAUUGUGUCCACUGGAUGUCGCAAUAGCAAUUCUGUUAGGCAAGCAAAUAGUUGAUACCGGGGCGAGCAAGUAUACCAAGCAAGAGGUACACGGUAAAGCGGGGCUGUGACUCCUCCCCCUCCACCCAACGUAAAACAGGAGUAAAAUAAGCAAUCAGUAACCCCACUUAAAAUGCAGCAUGAGACACUGCACACUGAUAUAGUUCUGUGAAAAUGAUUGUCUUCUGUGCAAAUGUAAAGAAAGUGAACAGUGUGUGAUAUACUGCAAUACUGUCAGUCUUUUAACUUUUUAUUUGUGCUUUGUUGAAAUUGUUCACACAUUGCACAGCUUUUAUUUUUCUAUCAAUACACAUUAUGUCUAGAAGACAGGAAGUAACUCAACACUCUUGAAUAGUUUCUACCUCAGUUUGUAUGGUUUGUUGAGUUAGCACAGGAUUAAUAUGUGGAAAUGACAAAUGAGGUAGUUGAUAUAUAGAAUAGUUUUUAUUCACGCUUUAUUUAGUUUUUUGUUCAACCCUAGAUGGGCUUUGAAAUUCUGCAAUUUUUUCCAGAGAUUUUCAACUAACUUGAAGUGUUUUGUCAAGAGGAUUAUUUGUGAUAUGUACAUUUUCAGAAUGUGCUUCUUCUAUUUUAGG